UAGACUAGGUAAUUACCUAGUCUAAGCCUAGUCUUAUAUGCUCUAAAAAUCUAUAUAGUCAAUUAUAAACAUGACAUAUGUCAUCUCAAUUUACAAACUUAGGUUAAUCACAAAUUUUUGUAUGCUAAGAUGUCUCUAUUGAAUCAAACCAAAGAAAAUCGAGUAUUACGAAAACCAAGAUCAUCAAAGGAAGUGAUAGAUUUCUCCAGGGUCGGAGGUCUAAGUCACCACCUGAAGACGUUAAGAGAAGUAAUUAUAUUUCCACUACUACAUGGUAAUGUUUUUACACAUUUCAAAAUUAAAGCACCACGAGGAGUUUUAUUCUAUGGCCCACCAGGUACUGGUAAAACUUUAGUAGCUGGGGCUUUGGUGUCUGAACUAAACAAAGAAGGUAUUGGAAAAGUGAAUUUUUUUCAAAGGAAGGGAGCAGAUAUUUUAGAUAAAUGGGUGGGAGAAUCUGAAAAGAAUUUAAGAGCUCUAUUUGAAAAAGCUACAAAAUGCAGACCUUCUAUAAUAUUUUUUGAUGAAUUGGAUGGUUUGGCUCCAAUCAGAUCAGAAAAAAAUGACCAUAUUCAUUCCAGUGUAGUAGCGACGUUACUAUCUUUAAUUGAUGGUUUAGAUUCAAAACCAGGUGUUAUAGUUAUUGGAGCUACCAAUCGUAUAGAAGCUAUUGACCCAGCUCUUCGCCGUAAAGGUCGUUUUGAUAAAGAACUUUAUUUCCCACUACCCGGUACUGAAGCAAGAACAGAAAUUUUACAAGUGCACAUCAAUAAUUGGAAACACAAACCAAGUUAUAACUUUUUGUGCGAAUUAGCAGAUAUGACACCAGGUUUUUGUGGAGCGGAUCUUCAAGCGCUCUGUUCAGAAGCAGUUUUAGCUUGUUUAAGAAGAGCUUAUCCUAAUAUCGACAGUAGAGGCUUUAAUACUAGAAUUGACGCAGAUUCCCUUAGAGUAGACGAAUGCGAUUUUCUUGAAGCGAGAAUCAAUUUAGUACCAUCUUCGAUUAAGCAGGGACUCGCUAUGCGAAAUCUUAGCAACAUUGUUAAACCCCUGUUAGUAAGGCAACACGAGAGAAUAAUUAAAUACAUUAAUUUACUAUGGCCUCAUUUUCUUCAAGAAGGCUAUAAGUUUGCUUUUGGUGAACAGCGUUACGCAGGAAGAAUUUUAUUGGUUGGGACAAAUAUGCAAGGUUUAAAUACGCAUUUGAUACCGUCUGUUUUAAAAAAUUUAGAACAUAUUCCAACUUUUGUAUACGAUACCAGAUUGUUUAAUAAAGUUAAGCAUAAUUUUGGAAACAUUUCGGUACAAUUCCCAGCAGUCAUCGUCUUAUCUAGGAUAGACGAAUGGUGGGAUAAUAUUGAUGAGUGCGAUCAACAUAAUGUUGUGUCAACUUUAGAAGACAUUCAUGCAGGUUUACCCAUAUUAACGAUUGCAUCUUGUAAUGUUGAUGUUCCUGUAAUGCUUCAUAAUUUUUUUUACAAUAACAGCACUAUUCUAAUAAGAGUCGACAAUCCUAAUGACACCGAACGGGAAGAAUUCUUAGCACCACUAUUUUUCGAUGAAAGUAACUUAAGUUUGUUUUUCGUGUGGGAUAGAUUGAAGAAAUCUGGUAGAAAACUAAUAAAGUAUGAAGCAGAUGACAGUUUUACCGAUGGAGGUCGACGAAAGAAGAAAAAAGACAACAUUGAAUUGGAAUAUGAACGUUUAGGUUUGGACAUGUCAGAAAUAUUAACCAGAUCUGAAACAUCCCCAAGAUGUAAAAGAAAAAGAGAACCUUCAGUUCAUACUAUAAUAAAGAAAAUGAAAACGUGCGAAUACAGAAUGAAUAAAUCAACCAGUGAUACUAGUAUUUUCAAUAUAGAUCGGAAAAUAAAACGUGAAAAUGACCGAGAAUCACUUUAUACUACCACCUCUUGCGAAUCCCUAAGAAACAAACAAUAUUUUACAAGAGUGCUAUCCGAUCUUUUGAAUAAAAGGAAUCUAGCGAACCUCAGCUCUAAUAAUGUAAGGUUUGAAAAACUUUUACUCGACGACAAGGCAAAAGAUGACUCGAUUAAUGCUUUUAAAAUGUGUUCUUCUUCAAAGAAAAAUACCGACGAUAUGUAUAGGGAAAGAAUUUAUAAUCUAUGGAAACAUGCAUCGCUGGUAACCUCUAAAAACAUGGCGGUUGCCCAAUUAGAACUUUUAUAUGACGUUAUAUCAGCAUGUAUUGGAAUUCAUCAAAAUUCGAUUGACGGUUUGUUGGAAAAUUUAGAAAAUGUUCUCAGAAAAAUAGAAAACUCUUAUCAGAUUCCAGUAGAGUUGCCUUAGUAAUUUUUUUAAUCAAAAAUAUAUGGAUAGAUUCUAUUCAUGCCGAUUCAGAAGGAAAUAUAUUUUUUUCAUAGUAUAUAAAAAAAACCUAUGAAUUAUCUUUCAAAUGUAAGACAAAUAAAAACAUAAAUUUU